AUGAGGUUGACCCAGCUUGUCACCCUCUUUGGAGGUGCUGUAAUUGCAGUCCAGCCUCUUGUAGCUCCUCAUGGCCAGCGUGCCCUGAACGACACACACUCCACGGUUUUCAUGGUCACGUCCACGUACCUGGUCUCCGAGAUCUGCACCGAUGUUGCGAGAUGCCCUCCUUAUACCACCGAGGUCCAGACUUCUGUCAUUCACGUCACCGACACGACCACUGUCUGCCUUCUUUCUUCUACACCUUCUGAGUACGGACCUCCGGUUUCUGCUACUACAGCUUUGUCAAUUACCAGCUCGGUCUAUCCCACUGAGUCAGGGAUCUCGGUUAGCAUCAUACCAGGUUCUUACAUCUCUGUGUAUCCGGGUGUCAGUAUCUAUCCACAAACCAGUGUCUUGAUUACAGAUGUCACUUCCUCAAGUGUGUACGUGUCGCCGACUGUUACAACCUCUCAGCCGUCCAUAUCAGUCAGUCACGUUCCCACCCCCAAACCGAGUGCAUCAAUCUCAUACACGGCCACAAGCACUCCGGUGGUAAGCAUGUCCAGUGCGGCUUCGUCGGUCUCAAUCACGGGCACUGUCGGUACUUCAUACUCGGUAUCUUCGGUAGGCUCGAGCUCUGUUGGCUACUCAAGUGCGUACGUCUCGCCUCCUGCCGUCUCGGUAGUGCCGUCAUACGCAGACUCUAGCUUGGUUGCUACUUUUAGUUCGUCGGCAGUCUCUCACUCAUACCCUGGUCCCAACACUCCCAGCAGCUUAGCGGGUACCUCGACGACUGAUUUAGUCUCGGUCCCUACUUAUGUCUUUGAUACUACUUCAAUGCCAGGAUAUGUUCUGUCUUAUACAGCCACACCAUCGAGCAGCAAUAACAAUGCACUAUCUGCUUCUUCUACAGCAUCAUACCCGGGGGCCAGCUUUGUAAGUUCAUAUUCGGAAGGGUACGUUGUUUCCACAGGCAGUACCAUUGCGCCAAUUUAUCCCACGGUUCCUUCACCAACUUGGCCAUCCUCGAGCAGGUAUACGACACUAUCUGGUUCUCUCAGCCCUUGGUCGCCGACAUACCCCAGCUCCACUGUACUCGAGAGCACGAAUGUGAUUACCAGCUAUCACAUCCAUCUGUCCACAUCCUAUGCUACUGCAUCGAUUUCUUCUGGUGGCUCCGGCAACUACACCGAGACCAGCGCUCAGACUAUCCCCACAUAUGUUCCAUCAGGCGUCUCCACUGGCCUUUCGGGAUCUGGGCAUCCAUACCCUUACGCCAGCGCAAACGGAUCGGUUAUUGGCCCUUUGCCCAGCUACAUGGAGGUUCCUUUCAACACAGGACAUCGCAUUGGGACAGGGAGAUGGUGUGGCACAGUGAUUGUCCUGGUUCUUUGCCUUGCCAGCCGGGCAUAG